ACGCUCCGGACUUUCUCGGGGGACCAUCUCUCCUCCGUCUAUUUGUGUCUUGUGUCUCGUCGCGCGUGUCGCGAUUUCUGCGACGUGUAUCCACGGUAUCUCGGAUCUCGGCAUCGCCGAUUUUUAAUCGCACGCUCUUGCGUGACGCGUCCCACCGACAGUGGGAGAUCAUUUCGCGGGUGAUCAUUUCGGCGAAGCAGAAGCGGAAAGCGCGUCGAGGAUCCGGGAAAGUAACUCCGUGAACGAUGGUAUCGUCGACGAUGACGGAAGUAGAUCCGAUGAAAAAAUCAUGCGACGCGAUGGGCAUCGCACCGGGUGAUUAUUGCCUGGUCGGCUGGGACAUGGAUACCACCGGUAAGAAGGUCAUUGACGAGAUCUGCCAAAUAGCCGGGUACACCUCCAACUCCACUUACUCCCAGUACGUGAUGCCGUAUAAGGAUCUCAAUCCGACCGCCAUAAAGCGACACAGCAUGAAGGUUGUGACCAAUGGCAAAUUCCGCGUUCUCAGGAAUAGUAAGACCAACGAGGUGAUUAAAUCCAAAAGUGAAGUGUCCGCGCUGACGGAUUUCUUGAGCUGGCUGGAGACUAUGAAAGGAAAUGCGGACGGUGUAAUUUUAGUUUACCACGAGCCACGCAAGGUCAUUCCUGCAAUGUUACUCGAAUCAUUGAAGAAGUAUGAUUUUCUCGAUCGGUUUAAGCAGACGGUCAAGGGAUUCGCGAAUGGCUUUAACAUCGCUGAGGACAAAUGUGCAAACAUGGCACAUAUCUAUUCUCUUCGCACUCUGUCACGCACACUGCUGCAGAAGGAAAUGAAUCUGGGAAAUGCGCAAGAUAGAGCAUCACUGGCGUUGCAAAUAGCGGAAUAUUUGUGUACGAUUGAAAACAUUAAGGUCGAGGGUGAGAGCAAUACAAACAACGUAGACAAUGAUGCAGCUAUGAAAAAAACGAUCGAAAUGAUUCGAGAAUUUGCGCAGCCCGUUGAUAUCGAGGAGAAAGAACACAACGAACUGAAAAUGGUAUUCGAGCGGCAGAACAACUUGCGGCCGAUAUUCAGCGCACUGUUCCGUAUGAACCGCCGCGAACGUCAACACGCUAGUCCCCUCCGGCGAUUGCUUGCCGAAGCCGGGAUCGUGUACUCGGAGCUACAGGAUGCCUGGACCAACUCGAAGAAAGAUGGAUUGGAGCAUUUGAUGAAGGAGAAGUUGCCGAAGGUCGAUGAGAAAAAACUGGAAGAUCUCAUGAUUAUCCUCGAGCGUCACUUCGACCCGGAGAAGAAGCCGAAGAGCAAAAUGUCGGAGAAGAAGAGUAUCAAAAUUAAAAAUGAAAAGAAGAUAAGCGACGACAAGGAGAAUAACAAUAAGUGCGAUUCGGGCCACGACAGUCCCGACACCACCACGUCCGGUUCUCCUGUCAAAAUAAACAGCGACGAGAUUAAAGCACAGGAGGAUGUUUUAACGCAGGAGUGCGCCGAAGUCUAACGAUGUUGACUUCUUUUACGCGCCGCAAAACAACAGUACAACAUCGCGGCCAUUAUCUCUACUCGUUAUUCGGAUAAACGAGCGAACGUGGAUUCUUUUUUGUUGCCAUAAGUAUCGAUGACGAAAAACAAUUGAUAAUUAACGCAAAUGACGAUUGCAGAUUUUGCGUGUCGAGAUAAAAUGCAACUCGCGUUUAAUCGGACUUACUGCAUUAAAAGCGUGCUGUGUUUCAGACAAUCAUUAGAACCAUUUAUAACAACCAUUGAAUUUAUGUUACAUUGAGAAGAAACGAUCCUUUUCAAUGUAACGUAAAUUCAACGGUUGUUCUUUUGAUUGCGAGAUAAAUACGUUAAGAUAAGAUUACGAUCGCCCCAUCGGGUGUUGUGCGUGAUCAAAGACAAGUGUUAUUUGUUGCAGUAUUGCAUUUUUGUUUCUUUUUUCUUUCUUUUUUUUAUUUUUCCGUUCAGUUAUUUCCUGACCGGCGUUACAUUAGGAAGAGGACAGGUUUCCUGCGAGACACGCCGUCAUAUUUAUCAAAUGUACAAAUAACACGUUAAACGACGUUUAGUUAGUUUAUUUACGCGAAAAGAUAUAUUUAAUAUCGUUUACAUUUCCUAAUUUUAUACUCGUAUGUUUUCUCUCCCCCCUUUUCUCUUAUUUCUUUCUCUUCUUUUAUUUAUCCUGCAGAAUUUGUACGCUCACUACAUAGCGAAAGCGUUCGUUUAUAGACUGCUCCGCGUGAAAAGCAUAGAAAAUAUCGCGGGCUUUGUUACCACAUAGUUCACGACGUAUAGUGUACGAUAGCGUGCACGAUAUUUUCUACUUUUUACCGUUUAAGCCGCGCGCAAGGUGCGCAUGUGGUAGUAUUAGAGAGAGAUAUAUAUUUUUAUAUUAUCGCACAAUUAUAUAUAUAAUACGCCAUUUCAUUUCUGCUGCGAGAGUUCAUUGUAUCAGCAUUGGAUAAUAAAGAUUCGAGUUUAGUUACAA